AACUGUACAUACAAUAGAAGUUCAAAACAUAAUCUCUACUGAUGCAAUAAACAUUCAAAAUGUAAUCUUCACUAACUCUGCGACUUCAUUACUCAUAUUGGUCUCCCCUGUUUCUGACAACACUACCAAUGCCACGGGUUUAACAACUUCUUCAAAAAAUGUUUCAGCAGUUUGGGAACACUUUACUAUAUUAUCAAAAGAAUCAAAGGCAAAAUGCGAUCAUUGCAGAAGUCUUUUAGCCUAUAAAAAAGGCACCGGAAUAUCACAUCUCUGGCGCCAUCUCAAAUCUUGUACUAAAUAUAAAAGAAAUAACUCAUUGGAUAUAAUAAUUCAAGAUAAAUUAUGUUUUCAGUUUGUUGAAAAAGCUGGCUUUCAUAAAUUUUUAAGUUCAGUUUUACCUUGCUUUUCUAUGAGUGCUGAUACUGUAAAUUCGAAUAAUACUGCAAUUCGCGAAUUUAUUGAUUCUGCUUUGCAGGAUUCAAUUACUAUCAAAAAAGAACUUUUUCAUAAUUGCUGUCUUGCUCACAUUUUAAACCUUAUUGUAAAAGAUGGAUUAAAAAAAAUUUCUGAGUUGAUUGUAAAGUAUGUAACAAAUAGUGAAGAUAGUAGUAUUGUAUCAUCAUUCGAAAGUCAACUUGAUGAUUUUUUCGAAUAUUUUAAAAAAGCCCAAACUAGUCAACCCGAUUCGCUUCAGGAAGUCAAGCAGUAUCUUGAUGAAAAUAUUGUUAAUAAGACUACUAAUGUUCUUGAAUGGUGGAGGCUUAAUAAAAGCCAAUUUUCUAAUUUAUCUGCAAUAGUUCAGGAUAUUCUAGCCAUACUAGCAACAAGCAUUGCGUCUGAGCAGAUGUUUAGUUGUGCUGAUUGUAUUAUUGAUGAUAAAUGCACUUCCUUAAAUUCAAGUACAAUAACUGCAUUAAUGUACUAA